AUGGACCCUGGAAUGGACUCUGAAAUAGACCCUGGACGGGACCCUGGAAUGGACUCUAGACUGGACUCUGGACUGGACCCUGGAAUGGACCCUGGUAUGGACUCUGAAAUGGACUCUGGUAUGGACUCUGGAAUGGACCCUGGACUGGACUCUGGACUGGACCCUGGAAUAGACCCUGGUAUGGACUCUGGAAUGGGCCCUGGUAUGGACUCUGGAAUGGACCCUGGACUGGACUCUAGACUAGACCCUGGAAUGGACCCUGGUAUGGACUCUGGAAUAGACCCUGGACUGGACUCUGGACUGGACCCUGGAAUGAACCCUGGUAUGGACUCUGGGAUGGACCCUGGACUGGACUCUGGACUGGACCCUGGACUGGACCCUGGUAUGGACUCUGGAAUAGACCCUGGACUGGACUCUGGAAUAUACCCUAAACUGGACUCUACACUGGACUCUAAACUGUACUCUAGACUGGACCCUGGACUGGACUCCGGAAUGGACCCCGGACUGAAUUCUGGAAUGGACCCUGGACUGGACUCUAGACUGGACCCUGGACUGGACUCUGGACUGGACCCUGGACUGGACCUUGGACUGGAACCUGGGCUGGGCUCUAGACUGGACUCUGGACUGUACUUUAGACUGUACUCUGGAAUGGACCCUGGACUGGACUCUAAACUGGACUCUGGACUCGAGUAUCGCACUAAUUUGCGUGUGGGAGGAUGUCACCAAAAAGUUUACUAA